AUGUCACAGAGAAAGUUACUGCAAGAAGUAGACAAAGUGUUAAAAAAGGUUAAAGAAGGUCUGGUGGAGUUUGAUCUGAUCUAUGAGAAGUUUCAGGCGACUGAAUCGGACAAUCAGUCGUAUAGGGAGAAGCUGGAGUCGGACUUGAAACGCGAGAUUAAGAAGCUACAGAAACAUAGGGAGCAAAUCAAGUCGUGGUUGAGCAAGGACGAUGUGAAGGAGAAGAACGCCCUGCUGAUGGAGAACCGGCGACUAAUUGAAAAUGGCAUGGAACGCUUCAAGUCCGUGGAAAAGAUCAUGAAGACUAAGAAGUUCUCCACCGAGGCGUUGAGCAAUCCGGACCUGAUUAAGGAUCCGCGCGAACUGAAGAAAAGAGACCAGUUUAUAUUUGUAGAAGAAUGCUUGGAAGAGCUUCAGAAGCAGCUGGAAUCCUAUGAGGCUCAGGAACUUGCAGAAAAGGUGGAAAGGCAUCAGUUUCACAUCUCGAAUCUCGAAAAUAUUCUUAGAAUGCUUCAAAAUAACGAGUUAGAGCCGGAUACAGUGGAGGAGUACCAGGAUGAUAUCAGAUACUAUGUGGAUAACAACGAUGACCCGGACUUCAUAGAGUACGAGACGAUAUAUGAGGAUAUGGGAUGUGAGCUUCAGUCGGAAGAAGGGAAGGACCAACCAACGCCUGUAAAGCCGAAGACAAAGCUUGAACGCUCUCCAAAAAAAAAGGCGACUUCGCCAGCCCCGAUCAAUAUCGGGACGAAAUCUGUUGUAUCUACUACCGGCACGGCGACUGCGCCCAGCGCACCAGGAUCUCAGGCUUCGUCAGCGAGUCCGGAUUCGUCAGCUAAACAAAAGAAAGAUUCAUCUCCACUACCUCUUGACUUACCUCCACCGAAGGAUUUUAGCAAAGAAAUCGAGGAGAUUAUAGAACACGAUUUGACUAAAUUGGCCUUUCAGAAUCCUCUUUUUAAAGAUGAACUUCCAUAUUGGUUACAGGCCAAGAGGCCAUUGAUCCAACCGUACAGCACUAUGUCUGAAAGAAUGUUGAAACAGCUGGAAUCCUCAUUACUUAACUGCCCAGAUUCGCUUGACGCUGACACACCACAUCUCUAUCAACACCCGCUCUCUUUACCGCAUCCCACCUCCAUUUUCUUCCCUAGUGAACCGAUCAGGUUCGUGGCUGCUGGCUGGAAUAACGAUAAUACGUCCACUAAAGAUAUCUAUGGAAAAACUUCUAUGGUUCAGAUAAUGACCAAGUUCGAUUUGGAUACCCUGUUUUUUAUCUUUUAUCAUUAUCAGGGAACGUACGACCAAUUCCUAGCUGCCAGGGAACUAAUCAUCCGUGGGUGGAUAUUUAAUAGAGUCAAUCGGUGCUGGUUUUACAAAGAAGUUGAAAAGCUGCCCCCUGGAAUGGAUCAAAAAGAAGAGGUUUCUUGGAGAUAUUUUGACUACCAAAAGAGCUGGUUAGCCAGACGCUGCGGUCCGGAUUUUGUGUUCCGCAGUGAGGAAUUUGAAAGGCUGUAG